CUGUCUAGUUUAAUAUGGAAGCUGGGGUGUCAGUCAAAUCUGGCGGCAAGGCAGAGAUGGAAACUAACAGUGGGCCUGUGGAAAAGCAGGAAAGGAAGGUUGAGCUUUCAUUUGAUCAGAUCGCAGAAAAGCUACUUGAAGAGAACCUUCUCCUUACGGCUCUGGAACUCCACACGGAAGUGGUGGAAAGUGGGAGGGAGAUUGGGAGAUUGAGAGACUAUUUUUCCAAUCCUGGAAAUUUUGAGCGACCCACUGCAUCAAAGGACUCUCCAGUGGGCCUAAAAAGAAGAACCUCAAGUCAACAGACAGUGGAUUCUUUGGACUACCCACUUUCUGAAGAAGGAGAGACAAGCAAUGAUGAGCAAGUUGCGCUUUUAGAGUUUGAACUCAGGAAAGCAAGAGAAACAAUCAAAUCUCUUCAUGUCAAUUCCCAACCAGCAGAGAGAUGUGGAGAGGCAUCUCCAAUCAAGCCAUAUGAGAAACGAGCAAUCAACUUUCUGGUCAAUGAGUAUCUCCUGAGGAGUAAUUAUAAGCUCACUGCCAACACAUUUUCUGAUGAAAAUGAUGAUCAGGAUUUCGAAGAUUGGGAUGAUGUUGGACUGAAUGUACCUCAACCUCCAGAGCUGGUUGUCCUUUACCGAGACUAUCGUACAACUGCCUACAACCUAGGGCUCUCAGAGUCUUCAAGCCAGACAGAGUUUUCCCAUGUUGGGGUCCAGAAGAAGGAUUCUUCCUGCCAGGUUGCUCUGGAGGAUGAUGAGGGUGUGCAGAAAAUGGACACAAAUAUGCUACGCAUGAAGGAAAAGCUGGCUGCCCUUACUGAGGAGAGAGAUUUCCUCAAUGUACAACUCAGGAAUAUGGAAAAGGAGCUGAUCAAGAACCAGUUGACACACAAUUCUGUGCCAGCUACUUCAACUCCAAACAUUACACCCAACCUGACUCCUAGGAAGAGCAGGGAAUAUGGGCAGUCAGAACCUGCUCCCAAGUUGGUCACUGAUGAGCCCUUAAAUGUGUCAGGUGGUUUUGACAUCUCCGAACACAUGGAGGCUGCCUCCCAGGUGACAGAGCAGGGUAUAUCUACUGGCCUGUCUGUUUCCUGUCCCCAACCUGCUGAGACAGACAAUUCCCUGGCUGUGGAGGUCACAGUCACUGGGGAAGUGUCAAGACUCAGGUCUGUUGAACCUGUUGAACCUCCAACCCAUGUGGAUUUCACUCCAGCAGAGAGCACAAGAAGAAUUUGUCCUGCUUUCCAAAAGGCCUUGUGGAGUCAGUGCUGUUCCAGGCUAAGACCCUCAGGGAAUUCCUUCCAGCUGCUGGAAGAAGUGGAAAAUGUGGCUCGGUCCCCCGAACAGUUGGUGCUCUUGCUAGCACGAUGUCUUCCUAAUAUUGUUCCCAAUGUCCUCCUUGCCAAAAGAGAGGAGCUCUUGCCUUUAUUGUUGUGUGCUGUGAUACUUCAUCCACGUUCUGAUGACAGAGACAGACUCCUCAACAUCAUGUUCAACCUCAUCAAACGGCCUAGUGAAGAACAGAGACGCAUGAUUAUCAGUGGCAUGGCUGCCAUCGCGCAGUAUUCUGAUGCUAGUCGGAUCGAGGCCGAAAUCCUUCCACAGUGCUGGGAGCAGAUCAAUGACAAGUUUGUGGAACGCCGUCUCCUGGUUGCUGAAUGUUGUGGCAUUCUCUCGCCUCAUGUACCUGGUAAGAUAAGGAAUUCCCUGCUGCUGUCCAUGCUGCAGCAGAUGCUGGAUGACUCAUCUGAACAGGUGCGGGAGUCCACAGUAAAAUCUCUUGCCCUCCUUUCCACAUACCUGGAUGAUCCAGACAAGUUUAGACUGUUUUAUGAGCUGAUGCUGAAAAGUGCACAUGACCAGAACGAGAAUGUGACAGUAGCGGCUCAAAAUUGUCUCCUUCCAUCUCUUGCCAACUGGGCAUUAGAGUUAGGGAAUCUUCGGUCUCAUCUCCUGCCUUGGCUUCUAGAUUCCUUGGAUAAUCAAAUGAGAGAAAUGAACAGAAUAAAAACUGAAAAGCGGAAACAGCAAGAGAGGAUUGCUGGGACAGUGCUGGCUCUGAAAUCUUGUCUUCCAUUCAUCUUUGUGGAACUUGUUGAAUCAGGGCCUUUCGAAGAUGUGGAAGUACCUGCAGAUACUGCCAUUCCAUUGGAUCGAUUCACAAGUGGACUCAGCAGUCAGUCUCUGCAUGAUGUAUUGGUGAUAGUCCAUGAUAAGGAAGUCUUCAUGGACAAGGUGCGGAAGUAUGAGGUCUUCAUUGAGCCUGAGUGGUUCCCAACUUGGCCUGUGAUGGACUGGGUGGAAAUCAGCUUGCUAAAGAAACUUGUGAAUCUCUUGAUCUCCAUGGACCAAGUACACGAGACCAUUUUGGAGGCUUAUCUUCUCCUAUUCCGGGAGCUAGGACUGGUCUUUGGGCAUAGUUUCCUUGUGGGAAAGGUGAUACCCCUAUUAUGGGCUCUACUCAAGUUCCAAAAACAAGGAGAGGGCUCUGAGGAGAAAAAGGAGGAUGAUAUAUCAAUAAAGCCUAUCUAUGUCAAACCGAUUUUGCCUGUUUUCUGUGCUGGGGUACUCCUCACAUUCUUUGAGGACAAGGAGCAGAUGUUGUGCAAGGAAGUGCUGGAGACAGCUUUGACAGUACUGUCCCUGAGCAACUGCAGCUUGAAUUCCAUGGUGCAGACUCUGAAUUACAUGGCCAGCUGGGAUGCUUCUUCCCAUGAUCUCCUCUUGACCAUCCUUUGGAAUGGUGUCAUGCAUUCUUCGCCCAUCAUCAAGGCUGCAGCAGGCAGUCUCUUCCUUGCCAUCAUCCCACAUGUUGGAGAUGCCUUCCUGUCCUCACGUGUCUCACCUGCCCUUGUCACACUUGCCUCUGAUUCCAAUGUAUUUGUUCGAGUCACAGCUAUUGCCCCUCUGGGAUUGAUAUUGGACUACACUCUGCAACAUGAUCUCAUUGAAAAAGUGUACCUGCAGCUUCAGUCCAUUGCAAAUGAUGCUGCAAGUUUGGAUGACUACAGCAUUCAGGUUGCCUUGAUACAGACCCUUGGCCGGUGUGCCACCAAAGCUGAACCCAAAUUCAGGAAUAGUUUGAUCCUGCCACGACUCCUGGCAUUGGCUGCAAAGAAUAAUGCAUCUACAAACUUGGUGCGGAGAAGGGAGGUGGCAGAGGCUCUCCUCGAAGCAUUUUCCUCUAUCAGUGGGUCAUUUCUUGGAGAUACUUCAACACUCUCCUCUCUCAUGCCAGGACUCCGAUGCCUUCAAGCUGAUAUGCAUGCAGUCUCCCCCGAGCAGGAGGAGAGCGUCUUAGAGCUAAUCCGGGACAUUGAAUGUCGGUCUUCCAAGAAUGCCAAUUUUACAUCUUCUAGCUCCUCACCACAGCUCACUUCAGUCAUUGCCAGCUCUCCAGGAGUGAUGAGGGUGUCUCCAGCCACAUCAGGGCCUUCCUCUCAGUCCAGAAGCAAGGCAUUUGUCCCACCUUCAGUUUCCAGCCUCUUUGGGAGUGAUUCAGAUGGUUCCCCUGGGGGGAACUUGAUGAAGAUGUUGGGGAACAAGGCUGCUAUGGCCAAAGGAGCAAAUCUCUCUCAGAUAUUCAAGAAAAACAAGGGCCAGCAAUGAAGGGCAUACCUCUUCCUUUCUUUGCCUUGCCCUUUAAAAUUCAUGGCACUGGAUCAUGAUUCUGUGUGGGAUUCUCAGGUUGCCAACUCUUUCUGAAUAGUUGCAUUCAGUCAGAGGGUGAAAGAAUGAAAGAAUCAUAGUUAGUAAUUGGUGAGCAUCUUCCAAUUAAGUGACUUCCUUUUCAUGGCAAUGGAUGGAUUGAUGAUUUUUUGUGAAAUUGCAAUGAAAUGCUAUAGUCCAUGGCCUACCAGUAGCCCUAACAGGCCUUAUUAUCACUGAUAAUCAUUGUGCCUCGUUGUCUUUUCUUGACAGCUAUCCUUUCAUUAAUUAUUUUAAAGAGCUUUCAGUUGAAAUUUGGAAAUUAUAAUCAAGUUGCUUGCUGGGUCAAGGAUGCCACAUAUCAAACUUAACUCCCGAGCAUUCUCCCCAAGGCCUAUAUCUGUCUAAUUUGGCAGAUGCCUUGAACUCCACUCUGUCAUCAGCUAGAGCAGCUAUCAGCACAAAAUACCUGCAGAGUGAGAAGUCCAUUUUCCAGCAUGUUGUACAAAAUAUCAAUGCUUUAUUCAGACAGUUUGCCUCAGAAUGAGGCAAAACAAUGUUUGAAAUUUCUGUACCUGUUUCCCAGGCACACAGAACACGCUGCACUAUAGGGUCCUGUGAAUUAAACAAAGACAUUUUGCUGGGGGGGACACCUCAAGGACUUGUAAGAAGCACAAUGAUAGUCCUUUUUUUAAAUUUGGAGUCAAUUUGCUGGGCUAAUUCCCUGUUAUAUUAUGAAAUGCUCCAUGCUGUAAAUCCCAUGUGUCAGUCUGUGAAAUUAGGAAGGAUCUUGCAUGAAGGCUUAAUAAUGCUAAGUAGAGAAUUAGUCAGGAUGUAGCUUUCACCACCUAUUUGCCCAAAAUUCUUAGCAAUUUAAUUGCCAUUGUUGCUUCCCAUGAAGUUAGCAGCAAGGACCACUCAUAGAGAUGAAAGUAAUUAUGUGAAAUCUUGCUUGCCUGCACCCAAUGUCUGGCAGGAGGAAGGAAUGGAUAAUUUUACAGUUAUGUCAUGGAGAUCUUGACAGACUUACCAUGAAACUUUUGAUAUUAUUUAAUUUUUUUGUGUAUGCAAUAUAAGCUCUUCACUUUUAUAUGAUAAUAAAAUGUUGCAUGGAUGAAGUCCAAAAUAUUGCAGUCUUGUGUUUCUUUUAUAAGCUGAUAUGCAGGUACUUUGUAGCUGAAUGCUUGGGGUUUAAGUUUUAGAAGCUGUGAUAAAUAGCUAUGGUGAAGGGGAAAUCCAGUGAAAUCAUUUUAUGGGUCAACCUCAAGCAUGGAGCAGGUCUCUGAGCUGUUAUCUACCAAUUUUAGAAUUGUUAGUUCCCAAUUAUCACUUUUUAGCUGGAGUAGAACUCUUCCUUAUUUUUUACCUAUAGUGUCUUAACUUCCUCCUGUUUGCUGUGGAAUGGCAUGCUCUUUGGGUUUUCUUUUAUGCCUGUGGUUAUAUUGCUAGAAGACAAUCAUGCAGUGUGCUGUCAUAUGCAUGUGUUGAGAAGGUUGUGGAAAAUAUUGCUACUGAAUUUCUGACAGAUUUAUCUUCUGUGAUUUAUGUAAAAACAUUCCAGUCAAUAAAUAUGUUUUUAUGCCUGCUGCUA